AUGGAACCGCGCCGCGCCCGCUGCGUCCGCGCGCUGCUGAUCUGCCUGGGUUUUCACCUUCUACAAGCAGUUCUCAGUACGACUGUGAUUCCUUCAUGUAUUCCAGGAGAAUCGGAAGACAACUGCACAGCUUUAGUUCAGCCAAAAAAUGAUCCACGUGUGGCUCGAGCGUCAAGAACAAAGUGUACCUCUGACAUGAAUGGCUACUGUUUACAUGGAGAGUGCAUCUACCUGGUGGACAUGAGUGAAAAAUACUGCAGGUGUGAAUUGGGUUAUGCUGGUGUCCGAUGUGAGCACUUCUUUUUAACUGUCCAACAACCUUUGAGCGAAGAAUAUGUGGCUCUGGCUGUGAUUCUUACCAUCUUCUUUCUUCUCUUAGUCGCUGGUUCCAUAUACUACUUCUGGACCUGGUACAGAAAUCGAAAAAGUGAAAAAUCAAGGAAAGAAUAUGAAAGGGUGACCUCAGGGGAUCUGGCGUUGCCACAAGUCUGAAUGGCGUCAUCAAGCUCAUGGGCUGGGAGGUGCAGCAUGCCUGUUGACGUUAAUAUUCCUAUUUUAUUAAUAAUAUUUAUGUAGGGACAUGUGUUGUUGACAAUGGUAUAUU